ACCGGAACUCCGUCAUCAUGGACUUUUCCAAUCCACCACCAACCGCGAAGAACGAUGUCUAUCCGCCCAGAGUCUACCAUUAUAUUCCUCUGCGAUGUGCAGAAUAAAUUUCGACCAGCGAUACAUGGGUAUGACCAAGUCAUACCUACCGUCAACAAAAUGCUGAAGGUUGCAAAGAUUGUUGGCUGUGAAGUACUUGUCACGACACAAAAUUCGAAAGCUCUCGGCCCAACAGACCCCGCCAUCGAUCUCGAAUCUAUAGGGGGCCUUCACGUCGGGACAGCCGACAAGACCUUGUUCUCUAUGCUCACCCCCGAGGUGAAAGACGUACUCCUUUCCCGGCCCCACAUCAAGACCGUCAUCCUCAUGGGCAUCGAGGCUCACAUAUGCAUCCUGCAAACUGCUCUUGGUCUCCUUGACCCCACCGGUGGACAUAAUCUCAAAGUAUACGUCCUAGCCGACGGGGUGGCAUCUAGUCAUCCAAUGGAAAUGAACGUCGCACUUGAUCGUCUGCGACAUGAAGGCGUGGUGGUCAGCACGAGCGAAAGCGCUGCGUUUGAGCUGAUUGGAGAUGCAAAGGUAGAAGGAUUCAAAGCAUUCAGCAAGGUCAUCAAGGAGAGUAAACUGCCUGCUGUCGGUGGGAAAAUGUAA